AUGUGGGUUCAACUCCUUCUAGGAAUGUUGACUCUAUCGUCAGUCUUUGCAGAAGAACUCCGCCCAAACUACCUGGUGACAUUACCAGCCCGACUUAACUUCCCCUCCACACAGAAGGUUUGUUUGGAUCUGAGCCCUGGGUACUGUGAUAUAAAAUUCACUGUUACUCUGGAGACCAAGGACAAGACCCAGAAGUUGCUAGAACAUUCUGGAGUAAAGAAGAGGCACUUACAUUGCAUCUCUUUUUUAGUACCGCCUCCAGCUGGUGGCACAGAAGAAGUGGCCACAAUCCGGGUGUCAGGAGUUGGACCUAACAUCAGCUUUGAGGAGAAGAAAAAGGUUCUGAUUCAGAGGCAGGGGAGUGGCACCUUUGUACAGACUGAUAAACCCAUCUACACACCAGGGCAAGAAGUGCAUUUUCGCAUCGUCACCCUGAACAGCAACUUUGUUCCAGUGAAUGACAAGUACUCCAUCGUGGAACUACAGGACCCCAACAGCAACAGGAUUGCACAGUGGCUGGACGUGGUGCCCGAGCAGGGCAUUGUAGACCUGUCCUUCCAACUGGCACCGGAGGCAAUGCUGGGCACCUACACCGUGGCCGUGGCUGAGGGCAAGACCUUCAGCACUUUCAGUGUGGAGGAAUACGUGGUACCCAAAUUUAAGGUGGAAGUGGUGGAACCCAAGAAAUUAUCCACGGUGCAGGAAUCUUUCUUAGUGAAAAUUUGUUGUAGGUACACCUAUGGGAAGCCCGUGCAGGGGGCAGUGCAGGUGUCAGUGUGUCAGAAGGCAUAUACCUACUGGUAUCUGCAGAGGGACCAGGAACGGCUACCCGACAAAUGCAGGAACCUCUCGGGACAGACUGACAAAGCAGGAUGCUACUCAGCAUCUGUGGAUAUGUCUGCCUUCAACCUCACUGGGUAUAUGUACAACCAAAACAUCCAUGUUGUGGCUACUGUGGCGGAGGAAGGGACAGGAGUGGAGGCCAACAUCACUCAAGAUAUCUACAUUUCUUCACAAAUGGGAUCAAUGACCUUUGAAGACACUAAUGAUUUUUAUUACCCCAAUUUCCCUUUCAGUGGGAAGAUCACAGUUAGGGGCCAGGACGACUCCCUCCUCAAGAAUCAUCCUGUCUUCCUGGUGAUUUAUGGCCUAAAUGAAACCAUCAGCCAGACCCUGAGGACUGACGACCAUGGUGUUGCUCCUUUCAAGCUGGAUACCGUUGCUUGGAAUGGGGCGGGUGUUUCUCUGGAGGGCAAGUUCCAGUUGGAAGAUUUAGUAUACAAUCCAGACCAAGUGCCCCGGUACUACCAAAAUGCCUAUCUGCACCUGCGACCCUUCUACAAGACCACACGCAGCUUCGUUGACAUACAGCCACUAAGUGGCCUCUUGAAAUGUGGCCAGCCCCAGGAAGUUCUGGUGGAUUAUUAUAUUGAUCCAGCCGAUGCAGGCCCUGACCAAGAAGUCAUCUUCUCCUACUAUUUAACAGGGAAAGGAAAUUUGGAGAUGGAGGGGCAGAAACACCUGCAUUCUAAGAAGAAAGGCCCGAAAGGCUCCUUCUCUCUCUCACUGACCUUCACUUCCAGGGUGGCGCCCGACCCCUCCCUGGUGAUCUACGCCGUUUUCCCCAGUGGAGGUGUGAUAGCUGACAAAAUGCAGUUCUCAGUAGAGAUGUGCUUUGACAAUCAGGUUUCCCUUAGCUUCUCACCAUCCCAGCAGCUUCCAGGGUCAGAGGUGGAACUGGAGCUGCAGGCAGCUCCCUCGUCCCUGUGUGCGAUCCGGGCUGUGGAUGAGAGUGUCUUACUCCUUAGACCUGAGACAGAGCUGAGCAACAGCUCGGUCUAUCGGAUGUUUCCAUUCUGGUACGGUCACUACCCCUACCAAGUGGCCGAGUACGACGAGUGUGUAGCCGCUGGCCCGUGGAACUUUCCCCAGCCUCUCGUGGCUCCGGUGCCUGAAGAGCGUUCGAGCAGGCGUUCUCUCAUCUGGAGGCCCUGGUACUUUGCACGAGAUCUGUUCAGCCUUUUCCAGGACGUGGGCUUGAAAAUACUGUCCAAUGCCAAGAUCAAGGGGCCAGCAGACUGCAAUCGCCAAACUCCUCAAUACAACACCAUAAUGAGUGCAGGUGAUGGCCUCCAUCCAGAGGCUUUCAAGUUAUCAUCUCCAUCACUUCAGGACUCUCAGGUCCGCCAGUACUUCCCAGAGACCUGGCUCUGGGAUCUGCUUCCUAUUGGUCACUCCGGGAAAGAGGCAGUACACGUCACAGUUCCUGAUGCCAUCACCCAGUGGAAGGCUAUGAUGUUCUGCACCUCCCAGUCUCAAGGCUUUGGUCUCUCACCCACCGUCGGACUCACUGCUUUCAAGCCGUUCUUUGUUGCCCUGACCCUGCCUUACUCCAUAGUCCGUGGGGAAUCCUUUCGGCUUACUGCGACCAUCUUCAAUUAUCUGAAAGACUGCAUCAGGGUUCAGACUAACCUGGCUAAAUCGGGUGAGUACCAGGUGGAGUCAUGGGCAGAUUUGCAGGCCUCCAGCUGUCUGUGUGCUGAUGAAGCAAAAACCUAUCAUUGGAAUAUCACAGCUGUCAAACUAGGUCACAUUAACUUUACUGUUACUACUAAGAUUCUGGACAGCAAUGAACUCUGUGGGGGCCAGAAGGGGAUUGUUCCCAAAAGGGGCCAGAGUGACACACUCAUCAAAUCAGUUCUUGUCAAGCCCGAGGGAGUUCCUGUGGAGAAGACACACAGCUCACUGCUGUGCCCGAAAGGAAGCACGGCUUCAGAAUCCUUCUCUCUGGAAGUCCCUGCGGAUGUUGUUCCUGAUUCAUCCAAGGCUUAUGUGACAGUUCUGGGGGACAUUAUGGGUACAGCCCUGCAGAACCUAGACGGUCUGGUGCAGAUGCCCAGUGGCUGUGGGGAGCAGAACAUGGUCCUGUUUGCUCCCAUCAUCUACGUCCUGCAGUACCUGGAGAAGGCAGGGCUGCUGACUGAGGACAUCAGGUCACGGGCCUUGAGAUUCCUGGAGAUAGGGUACCAGAAGGAGCUGAUGUACAAGCACAGCAAUGGUUCAUACAGUGCCUUUGGGGAGCAGGAUGGAAAUGGAAACACAUGGCUGACAGCCUUUGUCACCAAGUGCUUUGGCCAAGCUCAGCAAUUCAUCUUCAUUGAUGACAAGAACAUCCAGGAUGCUCUCAAGUGGAUGGCAGGAAACCAGCUCCCCAGUGGCUGCUAUGCCAACGUAGGAAAACUCCUUCACACAGCAAUGAAGGGUGGGGUGGACGAUGAGCUCUCCUUGACCGCGUAUAUCACAGCUGCACUGCUGGAGAUGGGGAAGACCACAGAUGAUCCAAUGGUGGCUCAGGGUCUGCAGUGUCUCAAGAAUUCCGUCACCUCCACCACCAACCUCUACACACAGGCCCUGUUAGCUUAUACCUUUUCCCUGGCUGGGGAAAUGGACAUCAGAAAUAUGCUUCUUAAAAAGUUAGAUCAACAAGCUGUCAUCUCAGGAGAAUCCAUUCACUGGAGCCAGAAAUCUACUCCAUCAUCGGAGGCCGGGCCUUGGUCGGAGCCUCAGGCUCUGGAUGUGGAACUGACAGCGUAUGUACUGCUGGCCCAGCUUGUCAAGGGCAGCCUGACUCAGAAGGAGAUUGCCAAGGCCACUAGCAUAGUGACUUGGUUGACCAAGCAACGCAAUGCCUAUGGGGGCUUCUCUUCCACUCAGGAUACAGUCGUUGCUCUCCAAGCUCUUGCCAAAUACGCCACUGUUGCCUACGUGACAUCCGAGGAAGUCAACUUGGUUGUGAAAUCCACUAGGAAUUUCCAGCACACUUUCAGUGUGCAGGCUGCCAACCGAUUAGUAUCUCAGCGGGAGACUCUGCCCAGUAUCCCUGGAGAGUACACCUUGGAGGCCUCAGGCCGGGGCUGCGUCUAUGCGCAGGUGGUGUUGAGAUAUAAUAUUCUCCCUCCUAAAAAUAUGGAAACCUUUAGUCUUAGUGUGAAAGUGGAAAAAGCCAAAUGUGAACAACCGGCCUCACCCAGGUCCUUGACUCUCACUAUCCAGAGCAGUUUUGUGGGGAGUCGCGGCACUUCCAACAUGGCUAUCAUGGAGGUGAAGAUGCUAUCCGGGUUCAGUCCUGUGGAGGGCACCAAUCAGUUACUUCUCCAGCAACCACUGGUGAAGAAGGUUGAGUCUGGAACUGAUACACUUAACAUUUACUUGGACGAGCUCAGCAAAAAGACUCAGAACUAUACCUUCACCAUCCGCCAAAAUGUGGUGGUCACCAACCUAAAGCCAGCAACCAUCAAGGUCUAUGACUACUACCUGCCAGAUGAACAGGCAACAAUUCAGUACUCUGAUCCCUGCGAAUGA